AUGGCGCCCCGCGCGCGCACACGUGCGCACAAAGAACCACUUCCGGCCGGGUCAACACACCCUCCACUUCCGGGCGGCAACAGCAGCACCACCCCCCGCCUCGUGGCGCACGCGGCCUUUCGAAUUCCAGCCUGGAGCUGCCAUUGGCUGCCGCGCGCGCGCAGCUGCCCCGGAUUGGCCGCCCCUCGGCGAAUCGCCACGCGCCUGCCGCCUCUCCCUAUAAAAGUCGCCGCGCGGCCAUCGCGCCGCCAUCGCGGGCUGGAGGAGCCGCCCGAGGACGCCGCUGCUGCCCAUAAAUGCGCUGCGCCCCGGCCCGGUGCCCCGGAUCCUGUCGCGGGGGAGAGGGCAAUGAUUCCCCGGGGCGGGGCAGCCCGGCGGCUCUGCUCCGCGGCAGGUGACCUGCUGGGGGCCAUGGAGCAGCCCAGCGCCUGGGACCGUUUCUACGCCUGCCGGGAGCGCGCCGGAGCCACCGGCCACUUCGAAUGGUUCUUCGGGUACGAGGUGGUGGCAGGGCUGCUGCUGCCCCUGCUGCAGGGCCCCAGGGCCGCCCGGGUGCUGGACGUGGGCUGUGGAACCUCGGCGCUGGGCCUGGGGCUCUACCAGGACUGCCCGCACCCCGUGCAUGUGUGCUGCCUGGACGCGGCACCCACGGCCCUGGCGGCCCUGCAGCGCCUGCUCCGUGCGGCACCCCUACCCCGGCACCCCGGGUCCCGCAUCCACCUGUGCCUGGGAGAUGCCACUGACCUGGCUGGGGGGGGCUUUGCCCCGGCCUCGCUCCGCCUGGUCCUGGACAAGGGCACCUGCGACGCGCUGCUGCGGUGCCCGGCCGGGCCCAGCCGCGCGGGGCAGCUGGUGGCUGAGUGCCUCUGGGCCCUGCAGCCCAGCGGGCAGCUCCUGCAGUUCUCAGAUGAGGACCCGGAUGCCAGGGUGCCCUUCCUGGAGUGGGCGGGGGCAGCUGGGGUGAGUGUGCGGGAACUGGGCAUCCCUGGGGGGAUCCCCUACUACAUCUACACAGUGGAGAAACCGGCCAGAGACUGAGUAGGGAAAAACGCAGUGCCCUGGGCUGCAGGGGAGCAGCUGGCAGUGCUGCGAGAUGCUCCAGUGUCACUCGUGGGGACAAGGACACACUCCAGGGACAGCUGCUGCUGGGGGGGUGGGGACGGGUCCCCAAGCAGCUGCAGGUCAGUAAAUAAAGCUGCUGAGCACCCCCCA